AUGUAUCCCACCAGUGUCUUCCGGAUGCAGCCCUCGCGGCCCUUUUACAGCCCCGCCCCUAAGGAGGCUCACAGCGCCCACACCAUCUCCCAGCGUCUGCGCAUGAUCAAGAAGUGUCCUCCCGAGCUGAUCCCUCUCGGUGUUGUCCUUGGCGUUGCCGUUGGUGCUGCCAUUUACGCUAGCACCAAGAAGCUCCUGACCGACAAGACUCUCCGUCUCUACCGCAACAGCCCCGAGAGCCACGAUCACUAA